AUGAAAGACAUGCUAAUUUGGUCUAGCAGUAUAGCAACAUUUGCGGUAGUGACAUCCGCAGUCCUGAUCAUAGCAUUUUAUAAUAAAGUACCGGUAUACAUUUUCUUAGUCGGCAUAGUUUGCCUCCAACUACUGUUCACUUUGUGUUACGAUCAGGUGUUUCACGUGUGUUCAUAUAAAUUUCUAUGCCUGAGGGUCCACUACUUGAACAUAGGAUUAGUGAAAAUAGCUAACUUAUAUACAGAGUAUUUAACAGAGCAACUGAUAUCGUAUCCAUUACAUUGGAAGAAAGAAUAUGAUAAUAAUGUGGAUUUAUCGAGGAAAAAUACGAAAUAUUUUACUGAAAGCCUCAGGAUGGUCGAUGCUCAGGUGCGCCGCGUUCAACACAGCUACAGGUUUAUGGUAAGUCCCAUUUUUAGGGAUAUCCCCGUGAUACGAACGUUUUCCUUGGUAGGCUGGUUCUUUGCCAGCUGGACCAUAUUCAUCGGAAUAACUCAGCAAACGGAUAAAUUGAACAUGCAAAUUCAGCGUACUAAGCUUAUAUGCACUUAUAUUCAACUAAAACCUAAUAAUUCUGAUGAACUAUUCUCCCUCUCUCGAAGCAUCCUGGACACACUGGCCGUCAGCGACUACAGGAUCUCCAUCUACAACCUGUUUUACUUCAACCAGCGGCUUUUAUUCUCGAUCGCUACUUCAGUGUUCGUCUACAUAACUAUGCAAUUGCAGCUUGCUUUUCCUAAACGCAAUCCUAGUAAAAGAGACACUAGUUAG